AAUGCGUGGCGCGCGCGAGCGAGCAGCGGAGAAUCAGGAAGUCACCGCGGCGAAGCGCACAGACAUGUUUGAUCGCCGUGACAUGACGCGCGCGAGGGAGGAAGAGGAGGCGGCGGGGGCAGGGCCGCGGGCACCGGCCUAAGCAGUGGCGUGCACUCCGCUCCCUCCCUGCCCCAGGCGCCACCCGCCUGAGCCCGGGGCCAUUCCGCGUAGCCCAGCUUAGUGUUACUCUGCUGAUUGGCAGAGCAGGGAGAAGUAGAUGUCCACACCCACAGACCCAGCUGCAAUGCCCCAUCCUGGGCCCUCCCCGGGGCCUGGACCUUCUCCUGGACCAAUUCUGGGGCCUAGUCCAGGACCAGGACCAUCCCCAGGUUCAGUCCACAGCAUGAUGGGGCCCAGUCCUGGACCCCCCAGUGUCUCACAUCCUAUGUCAACAAUGGGCUCUGCAGACUUCCCACAGGAAGGCAUGCACCAGAUGCAUAAGCCCAUGGACGGGAUACACGACAAGGGGGCUGUAGACGAUGUCCACUGUGGAUCCAUGAAGGGCACCAGCAUGCGCCCACCACACCCAGGAAUGGGCCCUCCACAGAGCCCGAUGGAUCAGCACAGCCAAGGUUAUAUGUCACCACAUCUCUCUCCUUUGGGAGCCCCAGAGCACGUCUCCAGCCCUAUAUCUGGAGGAGGUCCAACCCCACCUCAGAUGCCACCGAGCCAGCCAGGGCCACUCAUCCCAGGAGAUCUGCAGGCCAUGAACCAGCCUAACAGAGGUCCCUCGCCUUUCAGUCCUGUCCAGCUGCAUCAGCUUCGAGCUCAGAUUUUAGCUUACAAAAUGUUGGCCAGGGGCCAGCCCCUCCCUGAAACACUGCAGCUUGCAGUCCAGGGGAAAAGGACCUUGCCUGGCAUGCAGCAGCAGCAGCAGCAGCAGCAGCAACAGCAACAGCAGCCUCAGCAGCAACAGCAGCAGCCCCAGCAGCCUCAGCAGCAACAGCAGCAGCCUCAGCAGCAGCAGCCAGCCCUUGUUAGCUACAACAGACCAUCUGGCCCUGGGCAGGAGCUGCUGCUGAGUGGCCAGAGCACCCCGCAGAAGCUGUCAGCACCAGCACCCAGCGGCCGGCCGUCGCCUGCACCCCCAACCACUGCCCAGCCCACGGCCACAGCUGUGCCCGGGCCUUCAGUGCAGCAGCCUGCCCCAGGGCAGCCGUCUCCGGUCCUGCAGUUACAGCAGAAGCAGAGCCGUAUCAGCCCAAUCCAGAAACCGCAAGGCCUCGACCCCGUGGAGAUCCUGCAGGAGCGAGAGUACAGACUGCAGGCUCGCAUAGCUCAUAGGAUACAAGAACUGGAAAGUCUGCCUGGCUCUUUGCCACCAGAUUUACGAACCAAAGCAACUGUGGAACUAAAAGCACUUCGCUUACUCAAUUUCCAACGUCAGCUGAGACAGGAGGUGGUGGCCUGCAUGCGGAGGGACACCACCCUGGAGACGGCUCUCAACUCCAAAGCAUACAAGCGGAGCAAGCGCCAGACCCUGCGGGAGGCGCGUAUGACAGAGAAACUGGAAAAGCAGCAGAAGAUAGAACAGGAGAGGAAACGACGGCAGAAGCACCAGGAAUACCUGAACAGUAUUUUGCAACAUGCGAAAGAUUUUAAGGAAUAUCACCGGUCUGUGGCUGGGAAGAUCCAGAAGCUGUCCAAAGCUGUGGCGACUUGGCAUGCUAACACUGAAAGGGAGCAAAAGAAGGAGACGGAGCGGAUCGAGAAGGAGAGAAUGCGGAGGUUGAUGGCUGAAGAUGAGGAAGGCUACAGGAAACUCAUUGACCAAAAGAAAGACAGACGCUUAGCGUACCUUUUGCAGCAGACCGAUGAGUAUGUGGCCAACCUGACCAACCUGGUUUGGGAGCACAAGCAGGCCCAAGCUGCCAAAGAGAAGAAGAAAAGGAGGCGGCGGCGAAAGAAGGCUGAAGAGAAUGCAGAGGGCGGGGAGUCUGCCCUGGGACCAGAUGGAGAGCCAAUAGAUGAAAGCAGCCAGAUGAGUGACCUGCCUGUCAAAGUGACACACACAGAGACUGGCAAGGUCCUCUUUGGACCUGAAGCACCCAAAGCAAGUCAGCUGGAUGCCUGGCUGGAGAUGAAUCCUGGUUAUGAAGUUGCUCCCAGAUCUGACAGCGAAGAGAGUGACUCUGAUUACGAGGAAGAGGAUGAAGAAGAAGAGUCUAGUAGGCAGGAAACAGAGGAGAAGAUCCUGCUGGAUCCAAACAGUGAAGAAGUUUCUGAAAAGGACGCCAAGCAGAUCAUUGAGACUGCAAAGCAGGACGUGGAUGAUGAAUACAGCAUGCAGUACAGUGCCAGAGGGUCACAGUCCUACUACACAGUGGCCCACGCCAUCUCCGAGAGGGUAGAGAAACAGUCUGCCCUCCUCAUUAACGGGACCCUAAAGCAUUACCAGCUCCAGGGCCUGGAAUGGAUGGUUUCCCUGUAUAAUAACAAUUUGAAUGGAAUCUUAGCUGAUGAAAUGGGGCUAGGCAAGACCAUCCAGACCAUUGCACUCAUCACAUAUCUGAUGGAGCACAAAAGACUCAAUGGCCCCUACCUCAUCAUUGUUCCCCUCUCGACUCUAUCUAACUGGACAUAUGAAUUUGACAAAUGGGCUCCUUCUGUGGUGAAAAUUUCUUACAAGGGUACCCCUGCCAUGCGACGCUCCCUUGUUCCCCAGCUACGGAGUGGCAAAUUCAAUGUCCUCCUGACUACUUAUGAAUACAUUAUAAAAGACAAGCACAUUCUUGCAAAGAUUCGGUGGAAAUACAUGAUCGUGGACGAAGGCCACCGGAUGAAGAAUCACCAUUGCAAGCUGACUCAGGUCUUGAACACACACUAUGUCGCCCCCAGAAGGAUCCUUUUGACUGGGACCCCGCUACAGAAUAAGCUCCCUGAACUCUGGGCCCUCCUCAACUUCCUUCUCCCUACAAUCUUCAAGAGUUGCAGCACAUUCGAGCAGUGGUUUAAUGCUCCAUUUGCCAUGACAGGCGAAAGGGUGGACUUGAAUGAAGAAGAAACUAUCUUGAUCAUCAGGCGUCUGCACAAGGUGUUGAGACCCUUUUUACUGAGGAGACUGAAGAAAGAGGUUGAAUCUCAGCUUCCAGAAAAGGUUGAAUAUGUGAUCAAGUGCGACAUGUCAGCUCUGCAGAAGAUUCUGUAUCGUCAUAUGCAGGCCAAGGGGAUCCUCCUCACAGAUGGUUCUGAGAAAGAUAAGAAGGGGAAAGGAGGUGCCAAGACGCUUAUGAACACGAUCAUGCAGCUGAGAAAAAUUUGCAACCACCCAUAUAUGUUUCAGCACAUUGAGGAAUCCUUUGCUGAACACCUGGGCUAUUCAAAUGGGGUCAUCAAUGGGGCUGAGCUGUAUCGGGCCUCAGGAAAGUUUGAGCUACUUGAUCGUAUUCUGCCCAAAUUGAGAGCGACUAACCACCGCGUGCUGCUUUUCUGCCAGAUGACGUCUCUCAUGACCAUCAUGGAGGAUUACUUUGCUUUUCGGAACUUCCUUUACCUACGCCUUGAUGGCACCACCAAGUCUGAAGAUCGAGCUGCUUUGCUGAAGAAAUUCAAUGAACCUGGGUCCCAGUAUUUUAUUUUCUUGCUGAGCACACGAGCUGGGGGCCUGGGCUUAAAUCUUCAGGCCGCUGACACAGUGGUCAUCUUUGACAGCGACUGGAAUCCUCAUCAGGAUCUGCAGGCCCAAGAUCGAGCUCACCGUAUCGGCCAACAAAACGAGGUUCGGGUUCUGAGGCUCUGCACUGUCAACAGUGUCGAAGAAAAGAUUCUCGCAGCUGCGAAAUACAAGCUGAAUGUGGAUCAGAAGGUUAUCCAGGCGGGCAUGUUUGAUCAGAAGUCAUCUAGCCACGAGCGGAGAGCAUUCCUGCAGGCCAUAUUGGAGCAUGAAGAGGAGAACGAGGAAGAAGAUGAAGUACCAGAUGACGAGACCCUGAACCAGAUGAUUGCUCGCCGGGAAGAAGAGUUUGAUCUUUUUAUGCGCAUGGACAUGGACCGGCGCAGGGAAGAUGCCAGAAAUCCAAAGCGCAAGCCUCGCCUGAUGGAGGAAGAUGAGCUGCCCUCCUGGAUUAUUAAGGAUGACGCCGAAGUGGAAAGGCUCACGUGUGAAGAAGAGGAGGAGAAGAUAUUUGGCAGGGGUUCGCGCCAGCGCCGGGAUGUGGACUACAGCGACGCCCUCACGGAGAAGCAGUGGCUCCGGGCCAUCGAAGACGGCAAUUUGGAAGAAAUGGAAGAGGAAGUUCGGCUCAAGAAGAGAAAAAGACGAAGAAAUGUGGAUAAAGAUCCUGUGAAGGAAGACGUGGAAAAGGCCAAGAAGAGAAGAGGCCGCCCUCCAGCCGAGAAACUGUCGCCAAAUCCCCCAAAACUGACGAAGCAGAUGAACGCCAUCAUCGAUACUGUGAUAAACUACAAAGAUAGGUGUAACGUGGAGAAGGUGCCCUGUAAUUCUCAGUUGGAAAUAGAAGGAAACAGGUCAGGACCUGCCUUGUAUCCCCAUGUCUCUAAACACAGUUCAGGGCGACAGCUCAGUGAAGUCUUCAUUCAGUUACCUUCCAGGAAAGAGUUACCAGAAUACUAUGAAUUAAUUAGGAAGCCAGUGGAUUUCAAAAAGAUAAAGGAAAGAAUUCGUAAUCAUAAGUACCGGAGCCUGGGUGACCUGGAGAAAGAUGUCAUGCUUCUCUGUCACAACGCACAGACAUUCAACUUGGAAGGAUCCCAGAUCUAUGAAGACUCCAUCGUCCUACAGUCGGUAUUUAAGAGUGCUCGGCAGAAAAUCGCCAAAGAAGAAGAGAGUGAGGAAGAAAGCAAUGAAGAGGAGGAGGAAGAUGAUGAAGAGGAGUCCGAGUCAGAGGCAAAAUCUGUGAAGGUGAAAAUCAAGCUCAAUAAAAAAGAAGAGAAAGGCCGGGACACAGGGAAAGGCAAGAAAAGGCCAAACCGAGGCAAAGCCAAACCCGUCGUGAGCGAUUUUGACAGCGACGAGGAACAGGAUGAGAACGAACAGUCAGAGGCAAGCGGGACUGAUGAUGAGUGAGCAGCAUGGACUUGAGCUGACCACGGCAGAACUGAACACUUUCUUCCCCGUUCUCCCCCUUUCUCCCCAGUGAGUUCAUUUGCCCUUCGGGCACUGGGUUAUUUCUCCGUCCUCAUUGUCAUCUAGAGCUAGCUUUAGGAUAGUGCCAGACAAACAUAUGAUAUCAUGGUGUAAAAAAAACAAAACACUGGUCUACACACACACACACACACACACACACACACACACGAAUAUUUGUAACAUAUUGUGACCAAAUGGGCCUCAAAGAUUCAAAGAUUAAAAACAAACAAAAGCUUUUGAUGGAAAAGACGUGGGUGGAUAGUAUAUUUCUACAGGUGGGUCAAAUUUGGUAGCAAUUUGAUGUGCUUGCUUCCAUCAUCUGCCCUGAUGAGAAGAUUUUUAUCUUCUACAGCGCUGAUGACCAGGAGAAGCCAUUAAAAGCCACUGGUUAUUUUAUUUUUCAUCAGGCAAUUUUCAAGAUUUUCAUUUGUUCAGUAUUGUUUUCUUGUUUGUUUGUUUUUUACACUGUGGUACAUAUAAGCAACUUUAUUAGGUGACAAAUGUACAGUAGUUAGAUAUCACCUACAUAUACAUUUUUCCAUUUUAUGCUCUAUGAUCUGAAGAACAAAAAAAAGCUUUUUGACUUGUAUAAGAUUUAUGUGUACUGUAAACAUUGCGGAAUUUUUCCCCCCUUUGGCUCUUGUUUUAUUGACAACGCUAUUGACUAUUACAGUGUCUAGAGUGUCCCGAUGGCUUCUUUUGUUCACCUGAGCUCCUGUGUUACCAAUGGGUAUGGUCUCCUUCUCCCUAAAGUGUACUUAAUCUUUGCUUUCUUUGCACAAUGUCUUUGGUUGCAAGUCAUAAGCCUGAGGCAAAUAAAAUUCCAGUAAUUUCGAAGGAUGUGGUGUUGGUACUUUUCCUAAUAAACCAAUAACUUACCUUGA